AUCAAAUUCACAAUUUUAAAAUGGAAUAUUUACAAUUAUCCGACUGAGAGUCCGAGUUGCAACAGACAGCGCUUUUAAAUCGAAUAUUUCCCAUCGCAGCUUCGAAAACCCUAAUUCACCUCGAUUCCCCCCUUUUCCUCUCUCUCUCUCUCUGUCUCGCAAUCGAGCUCCGUCGAUUUCUUCUUUCCGUUUCUGCUGCGUGAAUUUCGAUUGGAUUCAAUUCUAAUGAGGCCAGCCGGGAAUCCAACCCAGGGCUACGGCGGCGGCGGGGAUAUGCAGCGGGAGAAUCCUCCCUCGAACAAUCUAUGGAUCGGUAACGUGUCGCAGGACGUUAGUGAGGCCGAGCUGAAAGCGCUGUUCGAGAAAUACGGCAAAGUCGAUAGCGUGACGACGUACUCAGCUCGCAACUACGCAUUCGUGCAGUUCAAGGAAAUGGAGGAGGCAAGAUCUGCGAAAUUGGCCCUCCAGGGCUUCUACUUCCAUGGAAGUUCCUUAAAAAUCGAGUUUGCGAAACCGGCUAAACCUUGUAAAAGCUUGUGGGUAGCUGGAAUAAGUCAAUCUGUUUCCAAAGAAGAACUGGAGAACGAGUUCCUCAACUUUGGUAAAAUCCAGGAAUUCAGGUUCCUUAGAGAUCGGAACACUGCUUAUGUUGAUUAUGUUGCAUUGGAAGAUGCUACUCAAGCACUGAAAACAAUGAAUGGGAAACGAAUUGGCGGUGCUCAUAUACGUGUGGAUUAUCUCAGGUCACAGUCUUCCAGAAGAGAGCUGGGUCCAGAUGGAAAGGAAGGACAGUUUCCUGGUAGGAAUAUGUGGAUGGGACAUGAUCCCAUGAGCAAUUAUUCUGAUCCUAGUUUUGCUGGGUCCAAAAGGAAAAAUCAAUUCCUUCCAACCGGAUCACAAUAUGGAGAUGCACCGCUUAGUAAAGUUCUAUGGAUAAGAUAUCCUCCUGCUGCUGUUAUCGAAGAAGAUAUGCUCCAUAAUGCCUUGAUUUUGUUUGGGGAGAUAGAGAGGAUUAAGACAUUCAGUGACAAGAACUAUGCUUUCGUCGAGUUCAGAAGUGUCGAAGAAGCAAGGCGAGCCAAAGAAGGAUUACAGGGCAAACUCUUCAAUGAUCCUAGGAUACUAAUUGAGUACUUCAAUGGAGAAUUUCCAGGAGGUAGAGGAAGUGAAUAUGUACUUCAACCAGGUCAGAUGGACAUUCUUGGUCUUAACCAUCCUGCUUUACUAGGCAAUAAUCCUGGACAUCCACCAUCCCUUGGAAUUCGAGGACCUGAGUUAUAUGUGAGGCCACCCUUAGGUCCUCAUAGCACGUUUGAACAUCCAGGACAUGGUCCAGAAUUUAUGGACUUGGCUGCUGGUCAUAAAUUACAGAACCCUAGUCCCAAACCUCUGAUGGGAGGGCCAUCUUGGAAUAGGUUAUCUCCCCCAUCUGGAAUAGUUUCUUCUCCGUCAGCAGGUUUUAAUGUACAAAACAGGUCUGGGUCUGGUACAUGGGACGUUUUUGAUGCUAACCAGUUUCAAAGGGACUCCAAAAGGUCAAGAUAUGAAACAGCUUUACCUUCCGAAAGAGCUGAAUUGGAUGAGCCGUAUGGGCUGCCUGUAGCAAGAACUGGUGGAGCUUCUGGUUCUCUAACAAGGGGCAUGACUGGUGGGCCUGGUCACCGUUAUGCUGAAAAUGAUUGCAUAUGGCGUGGUCUUAUUGCGAAGGGUGGCACACCUGUUUGUAAUGCUCGAUGUGUUGCUGUAGGAGAAGGCCUUGCUGCUGAUAUCCCUGAUGUGGUAAAUUGCUCUGCACGAACUGGAUUGGACUUGCUGAGCAAACAUUAUGAGGAUGCUACUGGGUUUGAUAUUGUGUUCUUUUUGCCGGAUAGUGAGGAGGAUUUUGCUUCAUAUACAGAGUUCUUGAGAUACCUAGGUUCAAAAGACCGGGCAGGAGUCGCCAAGUUUGAUGAUGGGACAACCUUAUUUUUAGUGCCUCCAUCUGAUUUCUUGACUAAAGUUCUAAAAGUUUCAGGGCCAGAACGCCUUUAUGGAGUGGUUCUCAAAUUUUCUCAAGUAGCUCCUAGUAGUGCUGCCCCCAAUCCACGAUUAAGUCAUCCUCAAUAUGCAGAUCCACACAAGUUGACUGUGCCGCAUACUGGAUACGCUCCUAAUCAACCAGAGAAAAGGCCCUUGGAUAACUCUAGAGUUUUGCCUGAGGAUCCUAAUAUGCCUCCAAAAGCUCCUACUCCUGUAACUGGCUCUUUCCCUGCACACUCUGUUCCCCCAGCUACAGUAGCAACACAAGCUGGCUUAGCUUUGACACCUGAACUCAUUGCUACUCUGUCAUCACUACUUCCUCCAAAUAAUGCUUCUCCUGGUUUACAAACUGCACCAUUACUGCAGACCACCUCUACAUUGGGUGCAACAUCCCAUGUUGCUAGUGGUCAUGACAAUGUGGCUAACUGGAAACAUGAACAGCAGGCGGUAGGUCAAAACAGUCAGCUAAACAGUCAGCUCCUGCAACAGCUAAGUAGCCAGUUCAACCCACAGUUGCAACAUCCACAGGCAGCUCAAACUGCUCAUGCAACUAACCAGUUCCACCAAAUGUACAAUCCAAACAGCCAGAUGAAUGAUCACCCAAACAAUAUGUCGGCUCAGGGUGCUGCUUCAUCUAAACCUAUGGCACCUGCUUUUUCCUCGCAAAGUGGACAGGAUAUCAACCAGUACUAUCUACAAGGGGGUUCUCAGGAUGCCUUGAGGAGUCAGGGGAUGGAUAAUGGUAACAAUUCUCAGAGGUUGUAUAACCCAUCUAUUAUCCAGCAAUCAGCAUAUCCCAUGGCUUCAUCAAAUCAGCAUAGUGGUGUUCCCCAGCCGUAUAUGCCAUUGCCUUCUUCUGAAGUAGAGGCAGCACAUCAAAGUCAGCCACCUCAGGCUGCUCCUCCAUUUGGGGCUACCCAGGAAAGUGCUGAAACAGAGGCCGACAAAAAUGAACGUUACAAGACUACACUAUUAUUUGCAGCUAAUCUCCUCUCCCGAAUACACCAACCGCCGGGUAAUCAACCAGGGCAGGGUGCAGGGAGUCAUUGAUUACCUUUCUUCAUCAGGAUACGAGGAAUCGCUCGAAGCAGCCAAGGCAAUUAUCAUCGACGCUAUUUUCGAUUUUUUUUUUCCCAUCUCGUUUUUUGUUUGUUAGUUUUCCCAUCUUUUUUUUUUAGUUGUAUAAUAUAGCUGGGCCAUAUAUGCCCAGUAUCUGGCUUUUGUAGGCAAAUUUGGGAUUUUAUGGGACCAACUUUUCUUUAUGUGAAGGUUGCUACAGUUUUGUUUCA